UCCUCAAUGGACCCGGGAGACAAACUCCAGCUCCUGGCGUUACGUAAGAAGAAGAGGCGUGGUCCCAUUCACUGCGAGGCUUUAUAUUGUCAAUUUGUCCUGUUUGGACUUGGGUUUCAAAGCUUGAAUCCACUCCGUUAGCAAGAGCCUACACGGUACUUUGACUCGUUAAAAUGGCCCAGUCACUUCUUGACACGAUGCCAGCCGCCUCGACGGGCACUGUUCUCGUCAAUGACCAUCUGAACUACUGGGGAGGAAGACGAGUCAAACCCACGGAUGAGAAAAACGCCGAGCCCGUGUUUGAGCCCGCCACUGGCCGUGUUUUAUGUCAGAUGGUACCCUGUGGGGCUGAGGAGGUGGAUCAGGCCAUAAAGAGUGCCCACACUGCCUACCUGAAAUGGAGCAAGAUGGCAGGCAUGGAGAGGGCUCGAAUCAUGCUGGAGGCCGCCCGCAUCAUAAGGGAGCGAAGGGACAACAUUGCUAAGCUGGAAGUGAUCAACAAUGGCAAAUCCAUUACUGAAGCACAGGUGGAUAUCGAUAUUGCCUGGCAGUGCAUUGAAUACUAUGCCGGCAUGGCUGGUACUCUAUCAGGCCAGCAUAUCCAGCUUCCCGGGGGAGCGUUUGCUUACACAAGAAGGGAGCCUCUGGGUGUGUGUGUGGGAAUUGGUGCCUGGAACUACCCCUUCCAGAUAGCAGCAUGGAAAUCUGCUCCUGCCCUGGCAUGUGGUAAUGCCAUGGUAUUUAAACCCUCUCCAAUGACUCCUGUGACUGCUGUCAUACUGGCUGAGAUCUACAAAGAGGCAGGGGUACCUGAAGGGCUCUUCAAUGUGGUACAAGGCGGAGCUGAGACUGGCACCUUGCUCUGCCACCACCCUAUGGUCGCCAAAGUCUCCUUCACUGGUAGUGUUCCAACAGGCAAAAAGAUCAUGGAAAUGUCUGCAAAGGGGGUGAAGCCUGUGACUCUCGAGCUGGGAGGGAAAUCUCCACUCAUCAUCUUCAAGGACUGUGAGAUGGAGAAUGCAGUGAGGGGAGCGCUCAUGGCAAACUACCUCUCACAAGGAGAGGUUUGCUGCAAUGGGACCCGAGUGUUUGUGCAAAGAGAGAUCAUGCCACAGUUUCUGGAAGAAGUGGUCAAGAGGACAAAGGCCAUUCGUGUUGGUGACCCUCUGCUGAAGGACACCCUUAUGGGAGCACUGAUCAGCAAGCCACACCUGGAAAAAGUGUUGGGGUUUGUUGCUCAGGCCAAGAAGGAGGGAGCUAGAGUGCUUUGUGGAGGGGAGCCUUUCACCCCCAGUGAUCCCAAACUAAAAGGGGGCUACUUCAUGUCACCUUGUGUACUCGAUAACUGCCGAGAUGACAUGACAUGUGUGAAGGAGGAGAUCUUUGGCCCGGUUAUGUCUGUUUUGCCUUUCGAUACGGAGGAAGAAGUUCUCCAGAGAGCCAACAACACCACGUUUGGAUUGGCCUCGGGGGUUUUCACCAGGGAUAUAGGACGAGCCCAUCGUGUGGCUGAGAACCUGCAGGCAGGAACUUGCUUCAUAAACAACUACAACAUUAGUCCUGUGGAAGUGCCAUUUGGAGGAUACAAAAUGUCAGGUUUUGGUAGAGAGAAUGGCCAAGUGACUAUCGAGUACUACUCACAGCUGAAGACUGUGGUUGUGGAGAUGGGCGACGUUGACAGCCUCUUCUAAAUACCUUUCUCCAUGUUUACCCAACUGUGAACAAAACACUCUGCACCUCCCUCUUGUCUAGUGUUUAGACAAUAUGCACCAAAAACAUCUUAAACUCUUUUGUUUGCACCUUCAUUUGGUUUCUACUGUGUAUUUCUACUGUGGAACACAUUACCAGCAUUACAUGUGAGGAGCUAGAUGCCUGUAUGAAUAAUAAUUCACAAAACUGAAGAACUGGAUGACCACCAAUCAGCUCACAACACUUUAUUAACUUCAUUCUUCAAAUGAGUCUGUUUAACACAUGGCCACAUGCAUUUUAACAUACAUAAUAAAUACAGGCCCUAUUUUUAGAUUGAACCUACUUUUCAUUUAAAAAAAAAAAAAAAAUGCUGUAGUUACCAACAUUGAGCCUCUGAAUUGUGACUCAGCAUUAUUAUAAAGUAGGUAUAGGACACUCAAGCCUUUUAUAACCUCAACACUGCUGGCUUCAGGUUUUAUAUGAAUGAAGUACCAUUGUGCCAACACCUAACGCUUUUUUAACAAAAUAAACUCCCUUGUAAGACAU